ACAAUAAUUUUUCAAUGUAGGCUUCCUCCAGCUCUUCAACACCAACAAGGAUUAGAAGCAGGACAUCUUCAUUUACAGAGCAGCUUGAUGACGUGACACCAAACAGAGAGGUACUAGCCGGGAUGGUAGCAGAACCUGCCUUUCUCUCUGAGUAUACUAUCUUUGCUUUGGAUUCCUCCAAACAGCCUAAAACACAGAUUGGCAGUGUGAAUGUAUCAACACAAGCUACAAAAUCUCCAGAUGGUGUUAAUAGAAGUGAAGCAUCCCCUCCUCAGUCGGGCGACACACAGACCUUUGCACAGAAGCUCCAGCUCCGAGUGCCUUCAGUGGAGUCUCUGUUUCGGAGUCCCAUAAAGGAAUCUCUGUUCUGGUCUUCUAAAGAGUCUUUAGUGCGAACAUCUUCCAGAGAGUCCCUGAGCCAGCUUGACCUGGACUGUCCCGCUGCCACCUUUGACCCACCUUCUGAUAUGGAGAGCGAGGCUGAAGACGCACCAGGCAGCUCUGACAGCCUCAACAGAGAGCAGUUGCUUCAGCGGUUGCGAAGAAUGGAACGAAGCUUAAGUAGUUAUCGAGGGAAAUAUUCAGAGCUCGUCACGGCAUAUCAGACUCUUCAGAGGGAGAAGAAAAAGUUACAAGGUAUAUUGAGUCAGAGUCAAGAUAAGUCACUGCGGAGGAUCUCAGAAUUGAGAGAGGAGCUGCAGAUGGACCAGCAAGCAAAGAGACAUCUCCAGGAAGAGUUUGAUGCUUGUCUGGAGGAGAAAGAUCAGUAUAUCAGUGUCCUCCAGACUCAGGUUUCUCUCCUAAAGCAACGUUUACAAAAUGGCCCAAUGAGUGCUGACUUAGCGCAGCCACCCCCUCCCUCGGAGCUCCAGGUAGAAGUGGACCCUGACAGAGAGAGGACAGAGGAUGUCGGGGAGCCAGUGGGAGGUAGAGCUUCCACUAAGACACUGGAAAUGCUUCAGCAAAGAGUGAAACGUCAGGAAAACCUCCUUCAGCGCUGCAAGGAAACAAUUCGGUCCCAGAAGGAGCAGUGCUCGCAACUAAGCAGCGAAAAGGAAGCCCUGCAGGAGCAAUUGGAUGAAAGGUUGCAGGAGCUGGAAAAGGUGAAGGAGCUUCAUAUGGCUGAGAAGACUAAACUUAUCACUCAGUUGCGUGAUGCAAAGAACUUAAUUGAACAGCUUGAACAAGAUAAGGGAAUGGUAAUAACGGAGACGAAGCGGCAGAUGCAUGAGACCCUGGAACUGAAAGAAGAAGAAAUCACUCAGCUUCGUAGUCGCAUCAAACAAAUGACUAGCCAAGGAGAGGAAUUGCGGGAACAGAAAGAAAAGUCUGAAAGAGCUGCUUUUGAGGAACUUGAAAAAGCCUUGAGUACAGCCCAAAAAACUGAAGAAGCACAGAGAAGGAUGAAGGCAGAGAUGGACGAACAGAUAAAGGCUGUUGAGAGAGCAAGCGAGGAGGAGCGUCUCCGUCUUCAGCAGGAACUGAGUCGGGUGAGACAGGAGGCCGUCAACAUGAUGAAAAAGACCUCAGAAGAACAACUUGCUGAACUUCAGAGGCUGCAUGCAGAGGAGCUGGCCAGCAGAGAGCAGGAACUGGCCAGAAAGCUCCAGACCCGAGAGAGGGAGCUGCAUGAGCAGAUGAAAAUAGCUCUUGAAAAAAGUCAAUCAGAAUAUUUGAAGCUCAUCCAAGAAAAAGAGCAGCAAGAUUCCUUGGCUCUAGAAGAGUUAGAGCUGCAGAAAAAAGCAAUCCUUUCAGAGAGUGAAAAUAAACUCCAGGAACUUGGGCGAGAAGCAGAGGUUUACCGAACUAGAAUACUUGAAUUGGAAACCUCCUUGGAAAAAAGCUUACAAGAAAGCAAAACUCAGUCAGAGCAUUUAGCUGUUCAUCUGGAAGCUGAGAAGAAUAAGCACAGUAAAGAGCUCACAGCCAUGACUGAGAAGCACAGGGCAGAGCUGGAGCGUCUCCAGCAGCAGCAGGACAGCCUGUGGGCUGAGAGACUCCAGGGUCUCACACAGCAGCAUCAGACUGCAGUGGAGCAGCUGAGAAAGAAGUAUGAACAAGAUAAAGACGCCUUACUAAAGGAGAAGGAGAGUCUUUUCCAGGCCCACAUACGAGACAUGAAUGAAAAGACCUUGGAGAAGUUGGACGUGAAGCAGACAGAGCUGGAAUCACUAUCUUCGGAGCUGGCAGAAGCACUGAAAGCCCGUGAGCAGCUCGCUGAGGAGCUUUCUGUUUUGAGGGGUGAUGCAGAGAAAAUGAAGCAGGCUUUAGAGGCCGAGCUGGAGGAGCAGAGGCGGCACCACCAGCACGAGGUCGACAGCAUGAGUAAGGAACAAGAAAUAACUGUCCAGAGAACCGAGAAGACCCUGAAAGAUGAACUCAACCAGCUGGGGCUUCUCCUGAAGGAGAGAGACGAACACCUGAAAGAGCAGCAGGCUCGAAUAGACGAUCUUGAAGCUCAUCUUCACAAGUCUGCUGGGGAGCUGCAGCAGGCCUUGGCUAAGCUGGACCUCCUACACUCACAACAGAGCACCACACAUGAGCAGAUGGGCCUGUAUGAGGAGCAGCUGGCCCAAAUGCGGCAGAAGGUGUUGGAUCUGGAAACAGAGAAGAACCUUCUUACCAAGCAGGUAGCUGACCUGGAAACACAAGAAAAGCACAUGUGUAUGGAACUAGACACUCGGAGAGCACAGGCACAGCAGCUUGAGGAGCAGAAGCGUGAGCUGGAGGAGAAAGGCAGAUCGUUAGCCCAGCUUCACGAGUCACAGCUCAAGGACAGUCACAUGGAGAAGGAGGAGACAAGGCAAAUCCUGAUGGAAAAGGAAAAUGUCAUUUUACAAAUGCGAGAAGAAAUCGAGGCCCUCAAACAGAAAUUGUCUUCCAAAGAAGAAAGUAUUAGUAUUUUGCAUGAGGAAUAUGAAACCAAAUUUAAAAAUCAGGAAAAAAGGGUGGAAAAAAUUAAGCAGAAAGCAAAAGAAAUGCAAGAAACAAAGAAAAAGUUGUUGGAUCAGGAAGCCAAACUUAAGAAAGAGCUUGAAAAUACCGUCCUAGAGCUCAGUCAGAAAGAGAAACAGUUCAAUGCCCAAAUCCUGGAAAUGGCACAGGCCAACUCAGCGGGGAUCAGCGACACCGUGUCAAGACUGGAGGCCAACCAAAAGCAGCAGAUUGAAAGCCUGACCAAAGCUCACCAGCGAAAACUUGAUGACGUCACAGAGUGCUGGGAAAAGAGACUCAGUCAUCAGGCUGAAGAAUUGCGGGACCAGCAUGAGCGGCGCGUAGAGGAGAAGGAACAAGAGCUGACAGAGCUGAAGCAGAAGCUGCUCACACUGGAGUCUGAAAAAGAGGAGGUGAGCAAGGCAGCUGUGGGGCUGAAGGAGGCGGCUGCUAAGCAGGGUGCGGUGCUCACACGUCUGCAGGAACAGCUAGAGCAGAAGUCUGCCCACAUCGGCUCACUUUCUCAGAAGGAGGCGCAGUUGCAAUCACAAGUUGAAAAGCUGGAGAUGGAUCUGGGUUGUUCUCUGAAGGAGAAGGCUUCUCUGGAGAAGGAGCUGGCGGACCUGAAAGUGCUGAGUGAGAGGGGGAGGCUCAGGGUCUCUGAGCUUCUGAGCAAGGUGCAGGCUGCAGAGGAGGAGCUCCGCAGCUGCAGGGCUGCUCAGGACAGCAGUAGGAAGAGCCUAGAGGACAAAAGCUUGACCCUCAAAACCCUGCUUGGGGAACUCGCAUCUCAGUUAGACAGUCGCUGUGAGAAAACCAAAGCUUUGUUAGAAGCUAAAACAAAUGAACUGCUCAGCGUCAGCGGUGACAAAACAGAUGCCAUUCUCUCUAGGCUUUCGCGCUGCCGGCAGCACACCGCCACAGUUAGGGAGGCACUGCUCAUGAAAACAGGCCAGGUCUCUGAAUUAGAAGCACAGCUUAAACAGCUGACAGAAGAGCAACACACACUCAAGAGCUCUGUUCAACAGGUCACCCAUCAGCUGGAAGAAAAAGAAAACCAGAUUAAGGCCAUGAAGGCUGAUAUCGAGGGUCUCGUCACAGAAAAGGAAGCCUUGCAGAAGGAAGGAGGCCAGCAGCAGCAGGCGGCCUCUGAAAAGGAGUCUUGCAUCACACAGUUGAAGAAAGAGUUAUCAGAGAACAUCAAUGCUGUUACACUACUGAGAGGAGAGCUUUCGGAGAAGACGGCUGAGAUUGACAGCCUUCGCACACAGCUCAGUGAUCUCAGUGCUCAGCUGGAGAACAGCGUCAGCCUAAGUGACAAAGCAGCAGCCAUGUCGUCACUGAGCAAGCAGCAUGAGGAGCGACAAAUGGAGCUGCAGGGUCAGCUGCAAGAGCUGUCUCUGAAAGUCGACACUCUGAGUAAGGAGAAAAUGUCUGCUCUUGAGCAGGUAGAUCAUUGGUCCAACAAGUUCUCCGAGUGGAAGAAAAAAGCCCAGCCCAGAUUCGCACAGUACCAGAGCACUAUUAAAGACUUGCAGACACAGCUUGACGUGAAAGCCAAGGAGGCUGCUGAAAAGGGUGAGCAGAUACAGCUGCUGAAGGAAGACCUUGAUCAGCAGAAUGAAAGACUGGAGUGUUUAAAGGCUGAGGUGGCAGACAGGAAGAACGAGAUGGAGACGAAGGAGCGGGACUUAGAGGCCGAGUUAAAGGUGCAGGCGGCUCGGGUUGUUGAGUUAGAGGACUGCAUUGCUCACAAGAGGAAAGAAGUUGAGUCCCUAAAUGAAAUACUUAAGAAUUCCAACCAAGAGAAGGACACUGAGCGGAAUGAACUGGUUCAGAAACUUCAACACUUUGAAGAGCUGGGAGAGGAGAAAGACAACAGGGUUAGGGAGGCUGAGGAAAAUGUCCUGAGACUAGAAAAGCAAGUGUCCUCCCUGGAGACUGAACUUGGAAUUAUGAAGAAAGAGCUAGAACAUGUGAGUUCAAGUGUGAAAAGCAGAGACGGGGAGUUAAAAGCUUUAGAGGACAAGCUCGAGUUAGAAAGUGCCUCAAAAGUGGAGCUGAAGAGGAAGGCGGAGCAAAAAAUCGCUGCCAUCAGGAAGCAGUUACUGUCUCAGAUGGAAGAGAAAAAACAGCAGUAUGAAAAAGAUACAGAAAGCCAGUUGAGUGAGCUGAAUGCAAAAUUACAAGACAGAGAAAAGCAAAUUCACAUCCUGGAAGAAAAACUUAAAAACCUAGAAAGUUCUCUACAAUCGGAGACAGUGAUUAUGUCCAGAUCCAUACAAAAUGUGGCAGCAUCUUCCGAACAAGAAGCAGCAGAUUCCCAAGGCUGUACGCACAAGGCGUGUGAAGAAAGGAUCCUCGCACUACAGAGAAGAUUAGUUGAAAAAGAGAAGCUGCUGCACAGGUUGGAGCAGGGCACAGGUGAGUCGAAGUUCUCUCUGUCUGAAAUGCAGUUCUCCAUGAAGUUAGACCACACCCAAGCCAAACAACUGGACGAUCAGAUUUUGAUAGGACGUCUUCAAGAAGAACUCGAAGAAAAGAAGAUGAACUGUUCCUUCAUUGCAUCCCAGCCCAUGGAAGAAGAAACUGGUAAAAACAAUACAGGAAUGAAGCAAAACUGGGCAAGUGUGGUUGACAGUGUCCAGAAAACCCUCCAGGAAAAGGAGCGAACCUGCCAGACCCUGGAACAGAAGGUAAAAGAACUGGAGUCAGACUUAGUAAGAGAGAGGGACUCACAUAGACUUGAAUUGGAGACGUUGACCUUAAAAUACGAGAAAUCGCAAGCCUCACAGCAAGAAAUGGAUGGGAAAAAUAAAUCUGUGGAAAUUUUGGAAGAUAGUUCUGAGGAAAAUUCCAAAUUGCAGGUGAUCCAACCGAAAUUGGGGAAUAACAUGGACACCCAGCGUAAUGACCUGGAGUUAAAGUUAGCAGGGGCAGAGCGGGAGAAGCAGAAGCUGAGCAGGGAGGUGGCUAGGCUCCAGAAAGAUCUUCGUGUGCUGAGAAAGGAGCACCAGCAGGAGCUGGACAUCCUGAAGAGAGAGUGCACGCAGGAAGCGGAGGAGAAGCUCAAACAGGAGCAAGAGGAUCUUGAGUUGAAACACACUUCCAUCCUGAAGCAGCUGAUGAGGGAGUUUAAUACCCAGCUGGCACAGAAGGAGCAGGAACUAGAAAGGACCAUUCAGGAGACCAUCCAUAAGGCCCAGGAGGUGGAAGCUGAGCUUCUGGAGAGCCACCAGGAAGAGACGCAACAGUUGCACAGAAAGAUUGCGGAGAAAGACGAUGACCUGAAAAGAACAGCCAGGAGAUACGAGGAGAUCCUUGAUGCCCGUGAAGAAGAAAUGACUUCAAAAGUAAAUGACCUGCAGACUCAGCUUGAGGAGCUACAGAAGAAAUACGAGCACAGACUAGACCAGGAGGAGAGUGCGGAGGACAAUGAAACAAUUAUGGAGCUACAGACACAGCUAGCCCAGAAGACCACUCUGAUCAGUGAUUCCAAGUUGAAGGAGCAGGAGUUGAGAGAGCAGGUCCAUAAUUUAGAAGACCGUUUGAAAAGAUAUGAAAAGACUGUGUGUUCGCCACCUGUGGGGACGCCUCUCAAAGGUGGCAAUUUGUACCACACUGAUGUCUCACUCUUCGGAGAACCUACUGAGUUUGAAUAUUUGCGACAUAAAAGUAGGAGAAACUGCUAG